AUGGCCAAGCUCGCCAACCUCACAGCCCUCCUGCUCCUUGUUGUCAUGGCCAUGACCACCAUCUCGUCCGUGCACAGCGCCCGCACUCUUGAGAGAGUGGAUCAAGUGACCAUCCUAGAGCCUUCGACGGUGGCGAAGCCCCCCUCGUCCACGUUGUUGGAAGUUGAGGCUCUGCUCCCUUGCGAUGGCCUGUUUGAAGAAGCAGCAGACGGCCCCAUCGCAGCCGGGUACCGUGCAACCGAUUGCACUCGCAAGACACCGGUGCUAGGGCCCUAA